CAGGUGACGGAGAUAGUUGUCAUCUGCGGUUAUAUUUCGGUGGUUGUCAAGAUCGAGUGUCGGUUGGCGUUAAUUGUUCAUUCCUGCUUAGAUUCCUGCUAAGAUUCUGUUUGAAAUUAGCUGACGGCCGAUGUUAUAGGUCACGUAGCAUCGUUCUCGAGGAGAUACCGCGUUUUGCGGUACUGCUCUUGAAAAAAAAAACCGUCUUGGCAAAAUUCGAUGUGGUUAUUGUUCUAUCAUCAAAACGUUCCCUACGUUAUGCCCUUAGAUUCGCGAUAGAAAACUGCGUAGUAAUAAAGAAGGUGUCGAAAAAGAUGUUGGCCAGCCGCCAGCCAGAACUAGUCACAUGUAUCGCCAUUCGCUGGUUCACACCGAUGUUGACACAUUGAGCAACGAGUACUGAAACGAGCGUGGAUCUCGAGCGCGGGGAGCGCGGUGAUGAUGCAAAAUAAUUCCAAGACCAGAGAGAUGUUUAUUGUCCGAGCUUUGGAAAAAAUAUUGGCUGAUCGAGAUGUCAAGAGAUCGCAUCUCUCGCAGCUCAGGAAGUCUUGCGAGUCUGCACUUGAGGAUCUCCGUAAUGAGAUCAAAGAUGUGCCAGCUGUGCAGGGUGAAGAGGUAACCUCGAACGCUCUUCCACAACCCAAAAGCGAUUCAAAUGUUAUUACUGCCGAGAAGUAUUUCUUACCGUUUGAAUUGGCAUGCCAGAGUAAGUCGCCACGAAUCGUGGUGACGGCGUUGGACUGUCUGCAAAAGUUGAUCGCAUAUGGCCAUCUCACCGGCAACGUGCCCGAUUCGACGGAGCCUAAUAAGCUGCUAAUUGUGCGCAUUGUUGAGACGAUCUGCGGUUGCUUCACUGGCCCGCAAACCGACGAGGGAGUGCAGUUACAGAUUAUUAAAGCUCUACUGACCGUGAUGACAAGCCAACAUGUGGAGGUGCAUGAAGGUACAGUGCUGUUAACGAUUCGUACCGUUUACAACGUUUAUCUGGCGUCGCGCAACUUGGUGAAUCAGACGACUGCGCGAGCGACUCUCACGCAAAUGAUCAACGUGAUCUUUGCGCGAAUGGAAACUCAAGCAGAGGAGGAGAAUGUAAGGCUUGAUGGGGAGCAUCAGCAGGAGGUUCCGGUCAUGACAAACGGUGAGGCUGAAACCGAGCUGAGUACGGAGAAUGCUCCUAGUAACGAUAUUAUCGAUCCCCAAGUAAUCGUCAAGAGUAUCCUUGACGAUGUGGUUAAAUCCGUGGUGCCAUUAGAGGAGGAAGUCAGUCUGGAGAAUGGCAGUCCGGAGGAUAACGGUGACGAGGCAGCCGCCGAGAAUGACAACAUGGUAACUGCCAAAUUUACCCAUGUGUUGCAAAAGGAUGCGUUUCUAGUAUUUCGCGCUCUCUGCAAGCUCUCUAUGAAACCCCUGCCAGACGGCACCCCCGAUCCGCGAUCGCACGAACUUCGUUCCAAAAUUUUGUCGCUUCAGCUGCUUUUGGGGAUCUUGCAAAAUGCCGGCCCGGUAUUGCGCUCCAACGAGAUGUUUAUUAUCGCCAUUAAGCAAUACCUGUGCGUCGCACUGUCAAAAAAUGGCGUGUCCUCGGUGCCGGAGGUAUUCGAGCUGUCAUUAGCGUUGUUCUUGGCAUUGCUCGCGCGUUUCAAGAUGCAUCUUAAGAUGCAGAUUGAGGUAUUCUUCAAGGAGAUUUUCAUGAACAUCCUCGAGACCUCCAGCAGCUCCUUUGAGCACAAGUGGAUGGUCAUACACGCACUCACAAGAAUCUGUGCGGAUGCCCAGAGCGUCGUCGACAUCUACGUUAACUAUGAUUGCGAUCUCUCGGCAGCAAAUCUCUUUGAGAGGCUUGUCAACGAUCUCUCUAAGAUUGCUCAGGGUCGUCAGGCUUUGGAAUUGGGUGCGUCGCCAAAUCAGGAAAAAUCCAUGCGCAUUCGUGGUCUCGAGUGUCUCGUAUCUAUUUUAAAGUGUAUGGUGGAGUGGAGUCGAGAUUUGUAUGUAAAUCCCAGUGUGCCAGCUGAUCAACAGCCAUUAUCAGAUCCACCAGAUACGACGCCAGAGACCCCACUGCCUCGUUAUGGUAGUGCUGGCAGCCUCUCGUCGGCUAACUCCAGCCUAACCGGCAACAAGGAGGUGCCAGACUCUCCGGAACAAUAUGAAGUGCAGAAGCAACAAAAAGAGGUAUGGGAGACCGGUAUCGAAAUCUUCAGCCGAAAGCCCGGCAAGGGCGUGCAGUACUUGCAGGAACAAGGGCUGCUUGGCACUUUACCGGAGGAUGUGGCCAGGUGGCUACAUCUGGAUGAGCGGCUCGACAAAACCGCUAUUGGAGAUUUUCUGGGCGAUCAUAAUCAUAAUCAGGUAAUGUACCAUUACAUUGACCAAAUGAACUUUGCCGAACGCGAUUUAGUAACAGCACUCAGGUAUUUCCUGGAAGGCUUUCGAUUGCCCGGCGAGGCGCAGAAGAUUGAUCGAUUAAUGGAAAAGUUUGCUAGUCGCUAUUGCGAAUGUAAUCCUAACAAUGGCCUUUUUACAAGCGCAGAUACAGCCUACGUUCUUGGCUUCUCAAUUAUAAUGCUGACUACUGAUUUGCACUCGCCGCAAGUCAAAAAUAAAAUGACUAAGGAACAAUACAUCAGACUUAAUCGGCGUAUCAGCGACAACGAGGAUCUUCCCGAGGAAUACCUUUCUAGGAUCUACGAUGAAAUUGCCGGCAAUGAGAUUAAAAUGAAGUCAAAUCCCAAUAAUAGCCGACUCGCAGGUAAACAGCUGAUUUCCAGUGAAAAAAAGCGACGGCUGUUAUGGAACAUGGAAAUGGAAGUGAUUUCUACGGCAGCGAAAAACCUAAUGGAAUCCGUCAGUCAUGUUCAGGCGCCGUUUACCACGGCAAAGCAUCUGGAACAUGUGAGGCCAAUGUUCAAAAUGGCUUGGACGCCGUUCCUCGCAGCUUUCAGUGUCGGACUUCAAGAUUGUGACGAUCCGGAGAUCGCGUCGCUUUGUUUGGAUGGCAUUAGGUGUGCCAUUCGCAUUGCUUGCAUCUUUCACAUGAGCCUCGAACGAGACGCCUAUGUGCAAGCUCUGGCAAGAUUCACUUUGUUGACGGCCAACUCCCCCAUUACUGAAAUGAAGGCAAAGAACAUUGAUACCAUCAAGACCCUCAUCACAGUGGCUCACACCGAUGGCAACUACCUGGGCAGUUCGUGGCUUGACGUUGUUAAGUGCAUCUCUCAGCUGGAGCUAGCACAGCUGAUAGGUACUGGAGUGCGGCCGCAAUUGUUAGGCCCACCGUCAAAACCACACUUCCCUUCACCAUUAGCGAAUUUCGGUAAUCUCACGCACUCCGUCAGCUCACACCAGACCAGUAAUCUUAAUCUGAGCUCGUUGGAUCCUAGUGUGAAGGAAUCCAUUGGUGAAACUAGCUCGCAGAGCGUUGUUGUAGCCGUUGAUCGUAUCUUCACUGGCUCAACGAGACUCGACGGUGACGCCAUUGUCGAAUUUGUCAAGGCUCUUUGCCAGGUAUCUCUUGAGGAAUUGGCACACCCCACGCAACCGCGCAUGUUCUCCCUUACGAAGAUCGUUGAGAUCUCAUACUACAACAUGGGUCGUAUUAGGUUGCAAUGGUCCAGAAUCUGGCAAGUUCUUGGUGAUCAUUUCGACAGAGUGGGAUGCAGUCCUCGACAAGAUAUUGCAUUUUUUGCUGUGGAUUCUCUGAGGCAGCUGGCUACUAAGUUUAUUGAGAAGGGCGAAUUUGCUAACUUCAGAUUCCAAAAAGAUUUUCUCAGGCCGUUUGAGCAUAUCAUGAAGAAAAACAGAUCUCCUGUGAUUAGAGAUAUGGUUGUGAGAUGCGUAGCGCAGAUUGUUCAUUCGCAAGCGCCGAAUAUUAGGUCCGGCUGGAAGAACAUUUUUAGUGUUUUUCACCAUGCGGCCAGUGACCGUGAUGAAUCUGUCGUCGAGUUGGCUUUUUCUAUGACCGGCAAAAUUAUUAAUGAGCUGUAUGCAGAAGACUUCAGCAUCAUGGUGGAUUCUUUUCAAGACGCCGUUAAAUGUUUGAGCGAAUUUGCGUGUAAUGCGUCUUUUCCGGACACUAGCAUGGAGGCGAUCCGAUUGAUACGUUCCUGCGCUUCUUAUAUUGAUGCAAAUCCAAAUUUAUUUGCCGAGGGUAUGAUGGAUGAUAGUGGGAUGGUCUCCGAGGAGGAUCGAGCCUGGGUGAGAGGAUGGUUCCCGCUGUUGUUUGAAUUAUCCUGCGUGGUUAGUAGGUGUAAGUUGGACGUCAGGACGCGCGCCCUGACAGUACUCUUCGACGUCGUUAAAACCCAUGGUGCAUCCUUCAAGCCUCAUUGGUGGAAGGAUCUGUUUCAAGUUCUUUUUAGGAUUUUUGACAAUAUGAAGCUGCCUGAACAACAUACCGAGAAAGCCGAGUGGAUGACAACAACAUGCAAUCACGCGCUGUACGCCAUUGUGGAUGUGUUCUCACAGUUUUAUGAUAUCUUAGGUCCCUUGCUGCUAGAGCAGCUGUAUUUCCAGCUUCUUUGGUGUGUUCAGCAAGACAAUGAACAGUUGGCACGCUCGGGCACCAACUGUCUAGAAAAUCUGGUCAUUAGCAACGGUAUCAAAUUUGAUGAACAAACUUGGGAAAAAACUUGCCAGUGCGUCCUAGACAUUUUCGAGAGCACUCUGCCAUCCGCAUUACUUACGUGGAAGCCGCACUCACCGAACAAGGAGUCUGACCUCGAUGUAAUCACUGGUGAAUCCGACGGUAUUCAUGUUGGUAUUCUGAAGAGGAGCAACAGUGCGCAAAGCUUGAACACCGAGACACUUCCGAGAGCUAAGCUCUUCGCCGCGUUGCAAAUUAAGUGCGUGGUUCAGCUCGAAUUGAUACAGACCAUCGAUAACAUCGUUUUUUAUCCGGCUACGUCGCGCAAAGAGGAUCAAGAGAAUCUGGCUCUCGCGCAGGCCGACAUGCUGAACGGCAAAUCGUCGGAGCUUGUAAAGGCUGGUGCCGAUCAACAGAAAGAGGAGCAGGGCAUGUACUGCGCUCUGACGACCAAUCAUCUUCUGCAACUGGUGGAGUGUUUGCUACGAUCGCAUCGCUUCGCCAAGAGUUUUAACUCUGAUCACGAGCAACGCAACGUGCUGUGGAAGGCCAGCUUUCGCGGCAAUAUGAAACCGAAUCUGCUGAAACAGGAAACGCAAUCACUUGCGUGCGCACUGCGUAUCCUCUUCAAAAUGUACAGCGAUGAGGCGCAUCGUGCGGAUUGGCUCAGAGUCGAGGCGCGGCUGGUCGAGGUGGCGUGCGAGGCCCUCGAAUACUUCCUAGCGCUUGCCAAUGAGGCUCACCGCGACGCUUGGACCCCAAUUCUUCUGUUGCUGCUCACCCGGAUCCUCAAGAUGAGUGAUCACCGCUUCGCGGUUCAUGCUUCUACCUGCUAUCCCUCCCUCUGUGAGGUCAUGUGCUUCGAUCUCAAACCAGAACUCAGGUCGGUGCUACGCAGAUUUUUCCUCAGGAUUGGGCCAGUUUUCAGAAUCACGCAGCAGCAGUGACGGGUUAGUGAGCAAUGAUGGGUCAACGACAGGUACUCAGAAUCGUCUCGAACGGGGUUAAAUUGCUUCGACUGCAAUCGCCGUGACGCUCGUGAAAAAUACGUCUCAUACCCAUUUCUACCUUGGCGAUAGAAUUGUAAUUAAAUGUAAAGCGCGGUUAGAUACUUUUGGCUUAUGUUAAAUUAUUUAUGUACGAUUCAACGAUCUUUGCAUAAAUUUGCAUUGAAGCUUUCUUGGCGUGUUCGUAUUAGUUUACAUUUAAAUUAAUACACCGAUUUUCACCAUCACUCUUUUAUUAUACAUAGCGUCGCAUAUAGCGCUAAAUGCGAUUUGAUUUUAAUUAUAUUCUAUCCAUUGUGCAUAUUUGUAAUAUAUUAAUUUCAUUAUGCAAUAGCUUGAUUACGUCAUUAUUUAUUAUUAAUCAAUAAAAGUUUUCAAUACAAUUUUAAUAUAAUUUUUGUUUAUGUAAACAAAUUAAUAUAAAUAAUUUGAUACUCACAUUUAACGCUAAUUUUGCGACGAAAACACUGUUAUAUACAUCUUCGCAGAAAUCAUUGGAUCGUAUGUGAACGGUUUAAUACCGUAUGUACACAUGCGUCUGUACUUGGAUAAAAGUUGUUAAUUUGAUUUAUUUUUUUAACUUGAUUAAAUUUCUUUAAUUCAAGUAUUUUUAUAUUUAAUUUAAAUACAUAAAAUAUUUGAACUUCAGUUUAAACAUUUAUAUAUUUAACUUACAUAAAUACAUAAAUACUUGGACUGAAGAAACUUAGUCAAUGUUGAAAAUUUUAGUCAAGUUAACAACUUUUUUCUUAGUGAUGUAAUAUAACGGAGUAUAUAUACAGGAAGAGGUGCGGGCGUUUGGGAAUUGGCAAUAUGUAUUAUUAUUCAUCAAUCAAAAGUUGAUCGUAAUGUUUAGGAUUCAGAUGCGAUAAUUAUUCUUACAGAAUUGCUCUGUUAUAGUUUCACAUUAUUUAAAAGAUUUUAGUCUGGAAAACGAUUUUCAAGGUAAAUUUCACUUUUUUUUUUCUUUUAAAGAAAAAAGCUGUUGAAGUCAGAAAUGUUAGGCAUUGAAUAUAUAUUUAUUUAUAUUUAAAUCAUAUGCAUAUACGAUUUUUUGAAACUUUCAACAAGGGGAAAUUAGAAAUUAUUUGUUUUUAGUUGGAAUUCUUGCCUCCCCCCCCCCUUCAACUAGCUCGAAUCAUUUUUUUAAUUCUCUUUUUACACAGCAAACGAUCGAAAUUUCAUACAGAAUUUCCCAGAUCCAGUGCUGUGUUUAAGAUGUAUGGUUAUUUUAUUUGCUGAAUUUUUAAAUUACUUGAAAUUGAAUUUAAAACAACUGUCUUUCUUGAAAUUGGAUCAUAAAAUAUCCAUAGAUUUAUUUGGAGGAUAAAAUUGAUUUCAAACAAAUAGACUAACAAAAAUUUUAAUUUAUAUGAACUAUUGCUAUCAGCCGUAUGAAAAUCAAGUCGACAUCUAUAAAAUUUAUAUCUUUUUAUUUAAAAAGCAAAACUUUUUGAAUUUUUAUGUUUAUAGUUUUAUCGUUUUCUUGCAUCUCUAAAUACAAUCUUUUUUUAUUUAGUACAGAUGAUAACGACAUUCGUAUACAUUAAAAAUUGUGUUAGUUUAUUUUAGAGAUGGAUAUAAGAGUUUUUAGCUUUGAGAAUAUUAAGUUUAGAAAUUUUAAAAAUGUAUAUGGUUUAAACAUGAAUAGCGACGGAUAGAAAUACGACGGGUCGUAGAGCUCCGUGUAAGAACAAUAGACUCCUAAGAGACAAGUUGCAAGUUUAAAUCUAUAUAUUCUAUAUAUAGGGACUUUUAAAUUUGUAAUCUUUAGCAUGAUGCUGAAGCUAGCCGCUGCGUGUCGCUUUCGACACAGCGGUUCUCAACAAGGUUUUCGCUUUAUUGUCUGUUGCACUAAAAAAUUAUUCUAAGCAGAUAAUUUUAGAACAAACAUAUACCACUUGAGAACAGUCGUACAAAGUGACAUUUCAGGUUUAACAAAACAGUAUACAUGAUGUUUUCAGAUUUACGGGUUGCAUUCGGAAAUACAUUUUCCGGAAAUGUUUAUAACUUUUUCUCUAAAAAAAAAAAAGGUCAUUUUGCCUCUUCUCCCGGGUCUUAUUUAAACCAUUAACUUUACUAUCUGUACAAUGCGGUUUUCAAGCCGCUAGGAUCUCACCCAUCCAAACAACUCAGCCCCGCCUGCGAGGGGGCCCAGUUCGGCGCGCUGAAUUUUGUAAAGCUAGGACAUCUAUCAAACCUUCUUUACAACAGCAUGUAUUCUCCAUUAGACGCGGGAGUACAUAUCUACUCUCCGACUACUUGGGCCUCCUUCGGGCAGCUUGCAGUGUAGACACUUAGAAUGAGAUCUCAGGAGUCAGUCUGGGAACUGUGAUUCCAAGUCGCCCCCGGUUGUUGAGUUGAGUUAUUGUACAGUGCGUUGCAUUGAUGCCUGGGGUACUGAUUUUAGGGACCACGUUUCUUUCUUGAUUAUUUUUAUGUUCAUGACUGAAUGCUGCGGUGAUCGUUGACAGCAGCAUUUGGUCAUGAACGUAAAAAUAACUAAGAAAGAAAUGUGGUCCUUAAAAUCGGUACCCCAGGCAUCCAUGCAACGCACUGUACGCUAUCUGGGUUAGUCCCAGGCACGGUGCAUGCAUAGAUUAUGCAUACGGGCGGAUUGGAAGGGGGGUCCAGUGUUGAUAGAAGGUUCGGGUUUUCUGUGGUUUUCUCGCGCAUGCACGUCCAUUGAGGCUACAUAGAGUAUCCGUUAGGGAAAUCUUUAAGAACCUAUAUAAAUUAUUUUACAAAAAAAGCUUUUUAAUGAUAUACAUUGUAUUAUUAUUUUAUAUAUAUUAUUAAUUUUUUUGUUAAAUAUUUAAAAGAAUCUUAAAUCUUAAAUCGUCGCGCAUGCACGAGAAAAUUCGUCUCUUCUAUCAUCACUGGGGAGAUCUCAAUCCUCAACUCAGAGAAUUUGCCGUGGCAGGGGACACGAUAAGGUAUCAAGAGCUAAGGAAGGCCACCCGAGGGAGUCGUAGCUGCUCCUACUCAGGUGUGACAAUCGUGCGAUUAUGAGUCAUUGCGAUACGUGUAUUUUGCGAAAGAUAGUCAAAUUCGCGAAAAUCUGUCGCAUGCAAACACGCGUCUUGACGACGGGUCGUCGACGCGACGGCGGCGUAGCGACUACGCAUUUCGAGUCGUCGAUGUUGAGCGUAUUCUUCUUUGACGUGUAGCUACUUCCAAAUUUUCGACAUUCAGUGCGACAUACAGUGAGAUGAAUGUUCCGAUGAAAUAUCGAUCUGGAUCAUACCUCACGGUUGUAUGUUCCUUUCACUAGAUGGUGAUGUCGCUUUGUCGUGCUGUAAUAAAGUCCGCUUUGAUUAGCGCCGGGAGUACUGUCAACAAAAUGUCAUGCGUUUCUUUGAUAAUUAGCGCGCGUUUUCUUUUUUUAGUGUUAGUUGUGUAUUAACGAGAUUUGAGAAGAGGUAGAGAUCCAGCAUUGGUAAAAUAACGGUAAAGUAACCCUGUAGUGAGUAACAUUAUUUAUACAUUACCCGCACUUGGAAAAAAUGAUUAACUUGACCCCUCUCGGAAAAAAGUUAUGAAAAAAUUAACUUUGAAGCUAGAUGAAAAAUCUCUUCGAAAUUAAUUUAUAAUUUUUUUUCUAGGAGGGGUCGUUUUUUUAAAUUUUACAGGUAACUUUCCAAUAUUGUUUAGAAGACAAGUUCUGAGAAGAGGCAGAGGUCUGGGAGGCAUCGGGUAACGGUAAAGUAACCCUGUAGUGAGUAACAUUAUUUAUACAUUACCCGCACUUGGAAAAAAUGAUUAACUUGACCCCUCUCGGAAAAAAGUUAUGAAAAAAUUAAUUUUGAAGCUAGAUGAAAAAUCUCUUCGAAAUUAAUUUAUAAUUUUUUUUCUAGGAGGGGUCAUUUUUUUAAAUUUUACAGGUAACUUUUUAAUAUUGUUUAGAAGACGAGAUCUGAGAAGAGGCAGAGGUCUGGGAGGCAUCGGGUAACGGUAAAGUAACCCUGUAGUGAGUAACAUUAUUUAUACAUUACCCGCACUUGGAAAAAAUGAUUAACUUGACCUCUCUCGGAAAAAAGUUAUGAAAAAAUUAACUUUGAAGCUAGAUGAAAAAUCUCUUCGAAAUUAAUUUAUAAUUUUUUUUCUAGGAGGGGUCGUUUUUUUAAAUUUUACAGGUAACUUUCCAAUAUUGUUUAGAAGACGAGAUCUGAGAAGAGGCAGAGGUCUGGGAGGCAUCGGGUAACGGUAAAGUAACCCUGUAGUGAGUAACAUUAUUCAUACAUUACCUGCACUUGGAAAAAAUGGUUAACUUGACUCCUCUUGGAAAAAAGUUAUAAAAAAAUUAACUUCGAAGAUAGAUGAAAAAUCUCUUCAAAAUUAAUUUAUAAUUUUUUUCUGGGAGGGGUCAUUUUUUUAAACUUUACAGGUAACUUUCUAAUAUUAUUUAAAAGACGAGAUCUGAGAAGAGGCAGAUGAUGUUGAAGCUAGCAGCGGAUUCGUCAAAGCAGGGAUUCUUAUUCAAAA